GAGAGGGAAAGAGCCAGCGGGGGAAGAGGUGCUCCAUCGGUUGUUCCUUUCUGCCCUUGGAGAAGCCAUAGCUUUCCUGGGUUGUUUGAGGACUCUGCAGCUGGAGGAAAGACAUGGAGUUACAAGUAAACCACAACUCUGGAAGCAGCCAAGUGGCCCAUCCUCAGGAGCCUCAUCACUCCACGGAGAAGCCAGUUAUCCACUGCCAUAAAUGUGGUGAGCCAUGUAAAGGUGAAGUUCUCCGUGUCCAGGCCCGGCAUUUUCACAUCAAAUGUUUUACUUGCAAAGUCUGCGGUUGUGACUUGGCUCAAGGUGGCUUUUUCAUUAAGAAUGGGGAAUACCUUUGUACUGUGGAUUAUCAGCGGAUGUAUGGGACCCGAUGCAAUGGCUGCGGCGAGUUUGUGGAAGGAGAAGUCGUAACUGCUCUUGGGAAAACUUACCAUCCCAGCUGCUUUGCCUGCACUGUAUGCAAACGUCCUUUCCCACCAGGAGACCGGGUUACCUUUAAUGGAAGAGACUGUCUCUGUCAAAUGUGUGCUCAGCCAAUGUCAUCCAGCCCCAAAGAACUUUCCACUUCCAGCAAUUGUGCAGGCUGUGGAAGAGAUAUAAAGAAUGGACAAGCAUUACUAGCCUUGGAUAAGCAGUGGCAUCUGGGAUGCUUCAAAUGCAAGGCCUGUGCAAAGGUCCUGACUGGAGAGUACAUCAGCAAAGAUGGUGCUCCUUACUGUGAAAAGGACUAUCAAGUCCUCUUUGGGGUCAAAUGUGAAGCAUGUCACCAGUUCAUCACUGGGAAGGUCCUAGAGGCAGGUGAUAAACAUUACCAUCCAAGUUGUGCACGAUGCAGCAGAUGCAAUCAAAUGUUCACAGAAGGAGAAGAAAUGUACCUGCAAGGUUCUACAGUUUGGCAUCCCGACUGUAAGCAGUCCACAAAGGGAGAAGAAAAGCUACGGCCCACGAGAACAUCCUCAGAAAGUAUUUAUUCCAGGCCUGGAUCCAGUAUACCUGGCUCACCAGGGCAUUCAAUCUAUGCAAAAGUAGACAAUGAGAUCCUUGAUUAUAAGGAUUUAGCAGCCAUUCCCAAAGUCAAGGCCAUUUAUGACAUUGAGCGUCCUGACCUAAUUACUUAUGAGCCCUUCUACACUUCCGCCUAUGAGGAGAGACAAGAGAGGCAGAGUCUUGGAGAGUCUCCAAGGACACUCUCUCCAACCCCAUCAGCAGAAGGUUAUCAAGAUAUUCGGGAUCGGAUGAUACAGCGGUCUACAAGUCAGGGUUCCAUUGGUUCUCCGGUGUACAGUCGUCACAGUUACACUCCCACCAUGUCACGUUCACCACAGCAUUUUCACAGACCUGGCAAUGAGCCGUCCAGCGGUCGGAACUCCCCUGCCCCUUAUCGGCCAGACAGCCGCCCUCUAACACCAACUUACGCUCAGGCCCCUAAACAUUUCCAUGUUCCAGAUCAAGGCAUGAAUAUUUAUAGAAAACCACCUAUCUACAAACAGCAUGAUGCAGCUGCUCUGGCAGCCCAGAACAAGCCUUCUGAUGAGAUCAUCAAGUCCUCCAAGUUUCCAGCAGCCCAUGCUCCAGCACCCAACGAGAUUCCAAAGAUUGAGACAGAAUACUGGCCAGGUCCUCCCUCCCUUGCGGCUGUAGGUUCUGACAUGCGACGCAGAUCCACUGGCAGAGAUGAAGAUCUUGAGGAACUCCAAAGGCGUCGGCAGCUACAGGAGGAACAGCUAAUGAAGCUCAACUCAGGUUUGGGACAGUUGAUAUUAAAAGAAGAGAUGGAAAAAGCAAGGUCAUCACUAUCUGGCAGUCGUUAUGACUCUUCAGUUAAUUCAUCUCCACGUGCUGCUGCCUCUAAAACCUCUUCCCUCCCUGGCUAUGGAAGAAAUGGACUUCAUAGGGUAAGCAGACAGGGUUUUUUCACUCAUAAAAAUGCACAGGGUGUUUCUGGAUUAGACAGAGAUUUUUCCCUCCCAGAUGGUCAUGUCCCUGGAAUGCGAAUGGACCGAGGAGUGUCUAUGCCUAACAUGUUGGAACCAAAGAUAUUCCCAUAUGAAAUGCUGAUGGUGACCAACAGAGGGCGAAGUAAAAUUCUAAGAGAAGUGGACAGAACCAGGCUGGAACGUCACUUAGCACCUGAGGUUUUUCAAGAAAUAUUUGGCAUGACGAUACAGGAGUUUGAUAAGUUACCUCUCUGGCGACGCAACGAUAUGAAGAAGAAAGCCAAACUCUUCUGAAUCACUCUAUACCUUUGAAGGAGAAAAUAUCACAUAUAGGAUAAUGUAUUAUACUUCUGUCCAGACAAUUUUUGCAGAGCAAAAGCUUAAGGAGGAAAAAAAGGGAAAAUCUGAAAAAGGCACUUUUCAAUGCCUUGAGAUUGUGCAAAGGGCCUGUUGAGCUUGUCACAAUGCUGUGGCACAAAAGUGUCUGUAUUCAAAACCUCAGCAGUGGUUUUUUUGCAUUACAAAAUUUUAACAUGACAUAUAUACAUAAUGUGAAGCUGCUCUGCCUUCCCUAUGUUCUCUCCACUUUUGUGGUCAAAGGACACUUUAUUGAUAGAGCCAGGAAGUGCCCAUAGGACUCCAACCCAAAAUUAUCUAGUCAUGGUUUCCCUAAGGAAUGAAUGAAAGUAUUCUGUAGCUAAGGAAAGACUCUUGUGUAAGUAUAUCUAUCUUUUGGGUGCAGCCAUUACAAUUAAUUGGCAUUGUUUCCAAUCUGCCUCUCCGUCAGGAGAGGUGGGACAAUAUAAAUAAAACCUAUUAUUAUUAUUAUUAUU